AUGGAACCCACGGCGGGGUGGCCGGCACCGAUGCAUCAUGCAGCGGAGGACACCGGUCGCUGCACCCCCCCGAACGUACGUUCGACAGGGGAGGGGUCGCGCCUCAGGACGCACCAAUCGGGGGCGUCGGAGCCGCCUAGCGAAGGGGACGGGGGCGCGACGGCACGGUGGCAGCCGGGACGUACAGGGAGAUGGGGCUUGCCGCCAAAGCAUCGCGGGGGGGGCAGGCAGCAAGGAGGGCAUAGUGCAGGUCGCACAUCCGGGCGAACUGCGGUCAGCGUUUGGUGCGAAGAAUCACGGGCCGGCAAGGCGGCUGGGAGAAACCACGGCGAGCAAGGAGGGAAACCGCACUGUAAAGAAGGACGAUGGGGAAAAGAACACCGGGUACGCCGAGAGUCGGCCGAAAGCGAGACAGUGAAGCGAGAUGGCCCCAGAGCGCCUAAGGCUGCGCGUCGGGAGAACCCAGUAUACCCACCCCGGGCCGGCGCCCAGGAGACAACGGUAGCGCGCGUGGAGGGGGUGAGCGGCGUACCAACAACACGUUUAGCACGAACGCGGAGAGUGCCGGGCAGAGCGGGGUCGAGCGGGAGUGAAGGGGGGAGACCGAACACGCCGCGCGAAGCAGAGGAGACGGUCAACCGACAGAGUGCCGAAUGGGGUAGGAACAACAAAGUCGCCCGCUAUGCGUAA